AUGACACUAAUCUGUUCGCAAAACAAAAGGGAUCUCGCGUUCAAACCUGUCGAAUACCCUGCACCUGAAAAGUCCGCCCUGACAACAUUGAGCACUACAGAGUUGAGGAAACCAAGAAUCCGUUUCAAUACAAUGGGGGACCACACUCAAGAUCCAGCCUUUCAUCGCUCCCCGAGUCUCUCUUCUGACGACGAUACCCCCGACUUUUCCAAUGAGCCCACUAGUACUAAUAAUACUGCCGGGUCUGGAUCCUCAUGGUUUCCCUCUCAGACAACCCUUGACAUUCUCCAAGCGCACCUGGCAGUUGACCCCAACUCUGGCUCUUCCGAAACUUCUGAACCGCGUGUGCACCCCGACUUCUUCGUCUAUCUUGAGAGAUUACGAAGGCUCAAUGAAACCACUAGAGUAAAUGCGCGCAGGGAAGUUGAAGCCUGGCACCAAGCUGUUUUUGGGCCCAACCAGUCUCAGGAUCAAGCUUCUCAGACGGUUAAUUCUCAACAACCCCAUGCUUCUCACAUGAUCAAUGAGUCCCACGAUGAAGCCUCUCGCAUGAUUAAUGAAUCACAGGACGGGGAUUAUCGCAUGCUAGACGAGUCCGAGGAUGAAGCUUCUCGGAUACUUAAUGAGUCCUAUCAAGGAAAUUCGCAAUUUACCAACGAAUUCAACCAACCCUCGUACCAUGCUGGUACCGAGCAUGUGUUACAGCCAUCCGGGAUGGGCGUACGUGAGCAACAUGGAACCCAAUAUCCCACUGCAGCCGAAUCAUCUGGGCCGAUUCCACAUGUCCAUUUUGAGACACCUGAUCCCAUGGACACUGCCGCUAGGGACCAUGCCCAUCACCAUAGGCCUCCUUCCCCUUACCCUGCAGUGACUCGGGGCGAAUCCUCUGCUGCUCCAAACCCCAUGCCACCUCCUGCUAUACCAGCACCUGAGCCACGCGGGUAUACCGACUGGGGAAACCCUUACAGAUUUCCAUUCGACCCAGCUCCGUUUCCCGAGAAUGCCACCCCUUAUGCUCCAGAACGCAUUAUCCAAGCAUGGCUUAUCCGGCAGCAGCUUAUUGCCGGUGUUCGUCCUGAGGAUAUUGAGCCCAUGUCAGUCCCACGCGGAAGGCGGCACCGAACCCCUCCCUACAUGAUUUUGAAUGAGAGCGGUGCCCAUAUCAUAAGAAUUGAGCCUGCCUCCUUUGAGGGUGUCAUGCUUCCUCUGCCCGUCCUUCCUUGGCUGCCGCGGCGCCCAAGUUCCAACGCACCCACUGCGUCUGUUUCAUCCAAUGCACCCGAUGCUUCGGGUCUACCCACUGGACCAAAUAUCGCGACUGCUCCAAACCCAGCGAGUACUCUAAACUUGUCGGUGGCCUCAAACCCCACCACAAACCAGCCAGUUGCUUCUCAUUUGCCAGCUGGAGCAACAUCGCUAGCUGCUCUAACCCCGCCGGACCCUCCAGCCCUCACAGCUGAUCCAAGCUCCGCUAGUACGCUAAAUUCUUCGGUUGCCCCAAACGCGUCGGCUCCUCAAACGAUCCCGGUUGAUCUAAGCUCAGCUAGUUCUCUCAACUCGUCGGUUACCUCAAAUAUGCCGGCUACCACAAACCCGCCAGUUUCUUCACACUUGCCAGCUGCUCCUGUUUUAGCAGACCCCACUGUUGUUUCAGACCCAACUUAUACACCAGAACAAAGUUCGGGAGAUCCAAAUCAGGAUGUUGCAGAAAGUCAGACCGCGGAUCCGCGUAUGGUGGCCUUCUUCCAACCUCUUAGGCUACAUGAACCUACUAAUUUACCCUCACUUUCUGGACCAGAUUCGAAUCCAGAAAGACCAAGCACAUCUGCGUUCAGCUCCAAUGAGAACAGCCAAACUUCCGCCGUUGCCCUCCAGUCGCAGUCGCAAGCCAGCUUGCCCCAGACUGUGCAAAACCGUACUGAUGCUGAUUCCAUCGGUUCUCAAGAAGUCCAUGGUGUUGGGGUGUCUCGGGGCCCUUCGCAGGACCGAGACUCUUCAACUAUCUCUCCUCUGUCGAACGAAGGGACAGAGACCGGUAAUGUUCCUCCUCCCCAUACCCCCAAUGGCAAUGGGGUUGUGCAUCACGCGAUCACCUUGUCGGAGCCCGAGGAUCCUGAUGAGCCCGGGGCGCCUCGUCUGCGUCGUUUUACCAUCGAUGGAACAGAUGAUUCACUCGUGGUGGGCCGCUUUUCUGAGGAGGUUAAGGCUGCCGGCGAUCAACCCUCCUUCAGAGGGUUGAUCUAA